CAAAAGAAACAUGCAGAAUUGCUGAAUUGCAGAUUAGACAGGUCAAAGACUGUUUGAUUUGAUAGGUAGUAGGUACAGGGUGGACAGAAAUAUCGGGUACCCCUAAGAAAGUUUUUCAUUAAAAAUAUAGGUUGGCAACGUGAAAUAGAUGCAUAUGAUUGGUGAAAUGUUAUCUCUCCAGUCUAACAACCAAUCAUGUGCUACCAUUAUUAUCAUUCACUGUGACCAACCGAAGUAUUUAGCAGAAAACUUUUUUAGGGGUACCCGAUAUUUCUGUCCACCCUGUACAGGUAGUAGGUAGGUACCUCUCCCUCCCUGUGAUUUCUCCCCACUACAAAAUCUCUUUUUCACUAUCAGUAAGUGAUAAGAAGUGAUCUACGUAUGUGCAUGUGUAAAAUACAGAACAGACGUAAAUUAUGACGUUUUUUAGUUUAUUUUUAGUAAUUUUUAAUGUAAACUGGCAUUGAUUUGAUUAGUAAUUUGUUCGUGACUCUUAUGUGUAGUUACUGUGAAGAUUGCAGUAUUGCACGGUCAUCUUCGUAGGUUCAAUAUGAAUUACAUUCAUAAUUAUGAAAAUCCAAUGCAACAAUGCGAAAAGUUGAUGAAUGCAAACUUCGACAAACUAAAGUUUUUAAAAGAUCAAACGCCGAUAACGUCAUCUUCGUCAGAGUCUUCAGCAGUGGAAAACGCAUACAGGACUAUUAAAAAGUACCUGGACGAAGCAAAGAGAAAUGUUGCAUCGUUGAAAUCAAGAUACAGUAAAUUAACCAAGCGCUAUGAGGGUUUACUCGAAACCAAUUUUGCAAACGAAUUCCUUAAUUACUUGAAACGUCAAGAAGCACUUCGAUUGAAAUUCCUGGAAAUCAUUUACGAAUGCAAACGUAUAAACUCGUGCAUAGAUGAGAUUCUGUAUGUUAGCUGUGUUGAAGCAGAGAAGAGGAAUUCCUUUCAGAAUCCAUCAGAACGACUUCGUGGCUGUGAUACUCAUAAUAACCAAUCGAAGCAAAAUGAAGCCUCAGCUACAGCAAAUCCCAGAAAAACUGUUACUUGUACUUGCAACGUUUGCGGCAAAUCUUUCUAUUCGAAAGCAACCAUGGAAAGACAUGCGAUUCUCCACAAAGGUUUAAAGCCUUUCACUUGCGCUGAAUGCGGUGGAUCAUUCUGCCGAAAGGAUACCAUGAAGAAUCAUAUACUUUUAGUUCACUUUCCUUUUGGUGAUAAGAGACGACAUUCGCCCAAUUUGAAUCUGACACGAUUUAAUUGUACUGUAUGUGGCAGAAUAUUUGGUACAGAGCACAGUAGAAUACGUCACGAACAGAGUUGGCGCGAUUCGAAUCGCGUGAAAGAAUCGAGAAAGAAUCCGAUUCUCACGAUUCGAAUCGGAUUCGAAUCGCGGUUCCCCAAGUCAAAAGAAUCGGGAAAUGCAGGAAUCCGAUUCCCUUUUAUAGAGAAUUGCACCGCCUCGAUUCCCUGCGAUUCCUUGCAGAUGUUUUUCACGUGUUAAAACAGUGAAAUGUACUGUUUUUAAUGACUUUUAAGUGAUGCAUUUGCAUUUUGUAGCUCGGGACUGAUGACAUUUUUUUAAAGGUUAGCUGUUGUGUGAAAAUAUCUUGAAUCAUCGAUUCUAUACAGUGAAGGAAUCGCGCAACGUAAGAAUCGGAUUCAAUUUAAUGGAGAAUCGUGCCUUCUCGAUUCCCUGCGAUUCCCUGUUCACAGCAACAAACAAAAGAAUAGAACAUGCAAAAUGAGCAUAUACCAAGUUGGGGAAAUUACUCAUUUCAUUUCAGAUUCAUUUGUGCAGUCCUGAAGUUGAGAAAAAUUAGUAUUUGGGAAUCGGAAUCGGAGGGAAUCGAGAACCGCUAAAGAAUCGGAUUCAGAACCGGAUUCGCUUUGUGAAAGAAUCGAGACUGGAGAAUCGCGAUUCUCCCAAGUAUGAGAAUCGUAAUUCAGGAAUCCGAUUCUGACGAACCAAGGAAUCGCGCCAACUCUGGUCACGAACGGGUGGUACAUGCAGAAAUGCUUUGAAUUUUGAAUAUUAUUCUUUCAACUUAUUUCAAUUGGGAAAACUUACAACUUUUAUUACGUUAUUUUUCAAGCUCCCCAAGAAGAGUUUACUGACUGACUGAUAAUUUAACUCGAUAAUUGUGAUAUGCAUCCCCUAUUAAGGGCUAAGGCUGAUACGUAUUGAUUAGGUUGGCUAAGUUUCAUUUUUUUACGUUUGUUUUAUAGUAGGUAAUUCGCAUAUACUUGUGUGAUGUUAAGAAUUAACAUUAAUUCAACUCUUGAAUCUUCUAAGUAUAAGGCUGAUAAUUUUGCCAAAAAUUCCCAAAAAAAAAAAGUUCCUAUGUUUUUUAAAUUUAUAUAGACGUAGUACAACUUUUGAUUUCUCAUCAACUGAUUCCUAGGAUGACUUUUUGGCCUGUUUCACCCUCUUCAAGUACAUAUUUAUAAAAAUUUGGACAUCAAGCAAAUUUUGAGGUCAGUUCAUCUCCACUCAAACUUUGUUAAUCCAACUCCAAACUGAACCCAAAAUACAUGUACCAUAUUUGAGCUUAUUUUGUUUAAAUCCAGUCUCAACUAUAAUUAGGUACCUGAUAGUUCGGUAAAAAAAAAAAAAAAAAAAAAAAAAAAAACAGAUAUGGGUACAAUUGAUAGGUUGAAAAAGUAAAAUUAUUGAAAAAAGAACUUAUUUUGAAGCCUUCAGGAAACAGAUUCAUUAACUUUUCAGUUUUGUAAAAAUUUCCAAAAAAAUCAAAACACGAAUUUUCAAAAAUUGUUUUUACUAAUUCAAAUUUUCAUUUUUCAUUUUCACAAUCGGAAAAUUAAAACAUUUUCCGAAGGCUCUAGAACAAUCCCUUACUACCAAUCAAUUCAAAUUUUUGAAAAUGCAGUUCGUAAGCCAAAAUAUAUCGUCAUUUGUACUUCAAUCUGAACAAAAUUUUCGUUUUUCAUGAAAAAUGUGUCAAAUUUAUAUUCGAAAAGAUUUCCCAACAUCGAAAAACACGAUUCAGCAGCAGAAGUUUGAUGACCGUGGAGGUGUAUUUUUGGAUGUCUUUUCAAUUCUCUUCAGUCAGGUGCAAAAAUUUCCUUUUCCUACCUUUUUUAUAAAUGUAGAAAAAUUCCAUCAAUUUAAAAGGUCUACAAUAAAUACGCAAGAUUGAUAAAAAAUUUUACAAAUUAAUUUUUCACUAAUAAAUUGUUUUCUUAAUUAAAACGUUAAAGUGUUAGGAAUUUUUUUAAAUGAAGUAUCUACUUGUUGUGUUUUUUUUCAAAUUCAAAUUCAAGAUCAUAUUUUAUUUGUGUAGGUACUAUGAUUCAAACACUUUCUAUAAAAGAAACCUUUGCUCAUGUUUUUGUUUUCGUAUUUUUUUUUAUGAUUAUUUUUAAGUAAAAAUAAUAAAACAUUUUAAAUUCAGUUUUUUCCAAUA